AAGAGUAGGUCAGCCAUUUUGAAAGACACUUGACAGAACAAAGAGAGCUUUGUGUCGUCAACUGCGGGAGUUAUUUCGGCGUUGCUUAAAGCAACGUGUUGUACUUCGUUCUUUCUUCUUGUUUUAGGUUCUAAAAGAUAGCUUAAAUAAGAUGAGGCCGCGAGAAAUUGCCACUCACUCACCGGCUGAUGGAGAAAACAGCAGGAAGGAAAAAACUGGGAGGAGGAAGCGUCACCGGAGAGAGUCUCACAGCAGUGAACGGGAAAACAAGUACCGUAAACAUCACCAUCAUCGCAAAAGCAGUGACGGGCAUUACCUGGAAAGCCGGAGUCUGAACGAAAAGCAGGAGACGAAGGUCCGGACUGUGGAUUCGGGGUAUGAGAAGGAGAGCCACGUAAGCGUCUCAAAGGAGAAGGAGAGGCAUCGUGUGCGGCACAGGGAGCGCGACUGGCACCACUACAGCAAAUCUUCCGGGUACAGUGGCCAGAGCAGCAGGCACGGGAGGCGACACAGCCGGAGCCGCUCUCGUCAUCGUCGCUCUUGCUCGAGGAGCCAUCGCAGGAAAAGAUCCAGAAGUUUUGAGGAUGAUGAGGAGGGGCACCUGAUCUAUCACAGUGGAGACAUACUCAGGGCGAGAUAUGAAAUCCUGUGCACGCUAGGAGAGGGUGCUUUUGGGAAAGUAGUCGAAUGCAUUGAUCAAAAAAAUCGAGAUCGUGUUGCAGUGAAGAUCAUCAAAAACAUUGAACGUUAUAGAGAUGCAGCCAUGUCUGAGGUCGAAGUGCUGGAACAUAUGAACACACUCGACAGCGACAGAAAAUACUGUUGUGUGCGAAUGCUUGACUGGUUCGACCACCAUGGCCAUGUGUGCAUAGUGUUUGAACUGUUAGGAUUGAGCACGUUUGACUUCCUUAAAGAAAACAACUUCCAGCCCUUUCCAAUCGACCAGAUCAGGCACAUGGCCUACCAGAUCAUCAAAGCAGUCAAGUUCAUGCACAAAAACAAGCUGACACACACAGACCUGAAGCCAGAGAACAUCUUGUUUGUUAAUUCUGCUUACCGCCUCGAAUACAACUCAAAAAUGAAGAGAGAUGAGAGAACGGUGAAGAACCCAGAUGUGAAAGUGGUUGACUUUGGGAACGCCACGUACGAGCAUGAGCAUCACACCACAGUGGUAUCGACGCGCCAUUACCGCGCACCUGAAGUCAUUCUGGAGCUGGGUUGGGACCAUUCUUGUGAUGUGUGGAGUGUGGGUUGCAUUCUUAUUGAAUAUUAUCUCGGAUCAACACUCUUCCAGACCCAUGACAGUAAAGAACAUCUAGCCAUGAUGGAAAGAGUCUUAGGCCCCAUACCAACGCAGAUGCUCCAGAAAACAAGGAAACGUAGAUAUGUCCACCAUGACAAGCUAGACUGGGACGUCCACUCGUCGUCUGGACGAUACGUUCGGAAGCAUUGCAAACCUCUCAGAGACUGUAUGACCUCAAAAAGUUUGGCCCACGAGCAGCUGUUCAAUCUGAUCGAGAAGAUGUUGGACUACGACGUGUCCAAGCGCAUCACUCUGGAUGACGCUGUUAAACAUCCGUUCUUUGAUGAUCUUAGAAGGGGCCACAAGUAAAAAAAGCUAUAGAGGUUUUUUUUUGGUUGUUGUUACUCUCUGUGAGAGGUUGCAUUUUAGAUGACUGUAUCAGUCCCACCAGUCUUGAGUAUUGUUUUGUUUUUUCCUAAUGUGUAAUUUAUAUGGUCUGUAAAUUAUCUUGUAUUUUACGUAAUCGAGUAAGGGAGAGCUGAAGAUUAAGGGUCUGUUGCAUAAAUAGUCAACUGAUUAAAGAAAAUAACGUGUAGCUUUAUGAAUUAAUUUGGUGUGUCAAAUUGACUGUACUGUACGUUUUUUGUGGCUUAAUCUGUUUAAAUAAAAGUCCAUGGAGCAGUUUGA